AAAAAAAAAACUUAAAACUGAAAAUAUUUAAUCAGUCGGAUUAAAUCUCAGCCGUGAGAAGGUUCGCCCUUUCUAGAAGGGAAUCUGUUAAGUAUAGAUAGCUGUCGGUAGGUGAGCCCCACUCGUCAACUGUGUGGGAAGGCGGGCGUAACAAGAACGCGUGCGGUUCGUUUGUGGAGCAAUUUCCAUCGGUUCCGUUCUGAUCCUCCCCCAUUUCGUCUCCUCGCCGCUUCGGAUCGAUGGCUCGAUUCCUCUUGCAAGUCCUGUUUCGCGAUCGCUUUCCCUUCCACCGCCUUAUCGCCAUCCGAGGACGCUCCCGCGCGCGGAUCAUCGAGGUCGACCUCGCUGCCGCGGAGGAAGCAGGUGAGGUCGAGGGCGAGGUUGAUGUCGAUGUCCUCAGCCUCCGACACCUCGAGAACGCGGUCCACGCGAUCUCGGUCCGCAGGGCGGCCCCGGAUUGGCUUCCUUUCGUCCCCGGAUCUUCCUAUUGGGUACCCGCGCCGCGGCGGGUCGGAGGUGUUGCGGAUGUGGUGCGAAAGCUCGCGAAUCCCUUGACGAAAGAGGAAACGAUGUCCCUGACCUCCAUCGGCAGAUGGCCUUCUUCCGCUUACUUCGUCGAAGGUGCGAAAUCUAGAUGCUGGAUAAGGAAAAUCAAUCACAGUUGCCUCUCCUCAUUCUGUAAAGAAAAAUAUGAAGAAGGCAUCGGCACAGUCAGAUGAUGAAGAUUGAUUAGUUGCUUCUGAUGGAUUAAGUUGGCUUGGUCACGCCUUGUAGAUAGCUUAGCACUUAUGCCUUGUAAUCCAGGGGAUGUAAAUAGCGAAAGUGGACCGGAUAGUUGCUUCAACCAGCAUAAAUUGUCUGUACAUAUUUCGUUUCUUUUUAAUUCUCUAAUCUUGUUGCAAUUUAUCGCUAUGUAUAAGUGUUAAAUCAUGCUAUCAGUGUUAUUUUAGAAAGCCAGUAACCUUCACAAAUAACUCUACGCAGUAAACUUAAAGAUAGAUUUGGUAUAACUAUUUAUUGAUGUAAGAUUAAUUGUUCUAAUUUUUUCUAGUUGGAGCUGGAAGUUGCCAAUGCCAGCAUAAA